AGCCUAGACGCGUGACGUCACGGAUGCCUAUCACGGAAGUCCUGCUUGCUCCUCGGGAUGAAGUUUUGUGCCAACAGGCAGGCAUUCUGGUGCUUCGCAAACAUGCACGUUCAGCCGAGCUUACAGCUAGCUGGGGAGGCGUCGAUCUACCACAACUAGAAAUACAGCUACCACCUGGUCCCGCUCGGGUCUCGUUUAGAACUUUUUUUUUUUCUAACUGAUCUGUGGACGAGAUGGGAAUUUGGCAGUCACUAUCUGGUCCUCCCGAGUACAGACAACUGGCGGAAAAGACAGGCUUCACUUGUGAGCAGAUUGGCGUUCUCCACAAAAGAUUCAAGCAGCUGAGCCACAAUGAAGACACCCUGCGGAGGGAACACUUCAACGCCAUCCACGAUCUGGGCUGUAAUCCCAUCCGAGUGCAGAUCAUAGAAGCCUUCUUUGACAGGAGGAACUUGAUCCCGCCCGGCGAGGGCCGGAUGGAGGAGAUCCACCUGGAGGACUUUGUGGUGAUCAUGUCCCACUUCAAACCGCCACCACUCAGCAUGACGGAUGAGGAAAGGGAUAGCGUCCGUACAGAGAAGCUCAGAUUUUUGUUCAACAUGCACGACAUGGACAACGACGGAACCAUAACCCUGGAAGAGUACCGACAUGUGGUGGAGGAGCUGCUCUCUCGCAGCGUGCACAUCAGCAAGGAAGCCGACAGCAUCGCCGACGCCGCCAUGUUGGAGGUGGCGGCCAUAUCCAUGGGUCACAUGGAGCCCGACGAAUUCUACGAGGGCAUCACGUUCGAGCACUUCCUUAAGCUGCUGAACCGCUUUGAGAUUGAAGCCAAGAUGAACGUUCGCUUUUUGAAUAUGAACGCCUCCGCGGUGUGCUACUAACGAGGAUCGUCGCCAUCAUCGGACAAAUGCUCUCUCGCUUUCGGAACAAUCUUCGACUGACAUCACGUGAUCAUGUGAGUCAAAGAUGUUUUACAACAAUCGAAGAAGCAGUGACGCAUUCAUUCGUCUCUUCGGGAGUACACGCUUGUCUUCAACCAACAAUCAGCGGCCACAACAUUUGCUACGCCGCUAAUGAGAUCCAAGACGAGCUGUAUAAAAAAAAAAAAAGAUUGAUUGUCCAUUAUGGGUUUUAUUGACUCUUAAAUAUAAA